AUGCAUGCACCAACAGUUUCGAGCUCACAUACUCGCAACAAUUGCAUAACUGCAAAUACACUAUUUAUAGGGGUUGUUAUAUUAAGCUUGGGCAUCCAGCGCCUCCUCGUUGACAGCGAGUUUUUCGCCGACCGAGGGCUCCUCGCGCUUUCCGAUACCGGAGACGAUCAUGUCGAUACGGAGCAGCAUACACGUGGCCUCUAUGGCGCUCUUGAAUACUUGAGCCUUAACUGCAUAGGUGUCGAAGAUCUGUUUUUUCAUGGUGUCGCAUAUUUCACCGGUUUCGCCGUCCAAUCCUGCAUUCACAUUACCAGCGGAAUGGAGCGAGGUCAGUUCGGUGAUCACACGCACUGGAUUAGCGCCGCAAUUCUGCGCCAAAGUCUUGGGAAUGACCUCAAAUGCCUUAGCGGCGGCACGGUAAGACCACCUCUUGAGCCCGGCCUUGCUGUCGAGUUUGGCGUUAAGGCGGCACGAAACCUCGAUUUCCGUGGCUCCUCCUCCCGGAAGCAGCUUGCCUUCUAG